AGUGUUGUAUUAGUGUCUAGUCCGUUGAUAAGUGUGAAUAUGUCUGACAAGGAAGAUGGGGCCUCAGGGGGGGGGCUGAAUGUUACCCUCACGUUUCGGCUUCUCAUGCAUGGGAAGGAAGUGGGCAGCAUAAUUGGAAAGAAAGGGGAAACCGUCAAAAAGAUGAGAGAGGAGGUAAGUCUAAUCCUUACAACUGUUAUUUAAAAAAAACAUGUUUUUUUUUUCAAUAGAAAGGAAAUAAAAUGUCAAUAGAAUUGGAAUACAGUGUAUGCCUUGCUUUCUGGAAUACAGUGUAUGCCUUGCUUUCUGGAAUACAGUGUAUGUCUUGCUUUCUGGAAUAAAGUGUAUGCCUUGCUUUCUGGAAUACAGUGUAUGCCUUGCUUUCUGGAAUAAAGUGUAUGCCUUGCUUUCUGGAAUACAGUGUAUGCCUUGCUUUCUGGAAUACAGUGUAUGCCUUGCUUUCUGGAAUACAGUGUAUGCCUUGCUUUCUGGAAUACAGUGUAUGCCUUGCUUUCUGGAAUAAAGUGUAUGCCUUGCUUUCUGGAAUACAGUGUAUGCCUUGCUUUCUGGAAUAAAGUGUAUGCCUUGCUUUCUGGAAUACAGUGUAUGCCUUGCUUUCUGGAAUACAGUGUAUGCCUUGCUUUCUGGAAUACAGUGUAUGCCUUGCUUUCUGGAAUACAGUGUAUGCCUUGCUUUCUGGAAUAAAGUGUAUGCCUUGCUUUCUGGAAUACAGUGUAUGCCUUGCUUUCUGGAAUACAGUGUAUGCCUUGCUUUCUGGAAUAAAGUGUAUGUUUUACACGACUCACCUAAAACUCUGUGAGUGUUUCCAGAGUGGCGCUCGCAUCAACAUUUCAGAGGGAUCUUCUCCAGAGAGGAUUGUUACCAUCACAGGACCAACAGAGGGCAUCUUCAGAGCUUUCUCUAUGAUCGCUGAGAAGUUUGAGGAGGACAUUACAGCUGCAAUGACAAACAGCACUGUAACAAGCCAUCCUCCAGUGACACUCCGCCUUGUGUUCCCAGGCAGUCAAUGUGGCUCCUUGAUAGGCAAAGGAGGCUCCAAGAUCAAGGAGAUCCGAGAGACCACAGGUGCUCAGGUGCAGGUGGCAGGGGACAUGCUGCCGGAAUCCACUGAGAGAGCUGUCACUAUCUCAGGCACUCCUCAGGCCAUCACGCAGUGUGUCAGACACAUCUGCUCUGUCAUGCUGGAGUCACCGCCCAAAGGAGCAACAAUCCCAUAUCGCCCCAAGACCAUGCCUGGAGCUGGCCAUCCAGUAUUUCAACAACAACAACAACAUGCCUCACAAGCCUUCACAAUUCAAGGACAGUAUGCUUUUCCACAUCAAGAUUUGACCAAGCUUCACCAGUUGGCUAUGCAGCAUAUCCCCCUCCCUUCCCUUGGGCAGAGCAACCCUACCUUCCCUGGAAUGGGUGCCUCUGUCCCCACCAGUUCUCAGGAGCUGGCAAUACCCAAUGAACUUAUUGGCUCCAUAAUUGGCAGACACGGCAGCAAGGUCAAUGAGAUUCGCCAGGUGUCAGGAGCUCACAUUAAGAUAGCCAGUGCCACGGACGGAUCGCCCAUGCGCCAAGUCACGAUCAUAGGCUCUCCGACCAGCAUCAAUGUGGCACACUACCUCAUCAAUGCCAGCUUAGAGAUGGCUAAAUACACCAUGCAUGCUGCUUCCUCUGCAUCUCCUGUUGACCUCAACAACAUGAGCUUCUCUCAGUCUGUUCCCACUGUCUCCACACCAACCUCUAUGGCUGUCAUGGCUGCCACUACCCAAGUCCCUGGCACCAUGAACAUGCACUCCCCCUCCACCUUACAGUCUAUCCCCACCCAGCACUAUGCUGUCCCCGUUUCCAGUCUACUUGGCAUGAAAACGCUCCCUAUGCUGGCUAUGCACCCAGCAGCUGCCUCAGGCCUUCCACAAGGUCUAUCCCCUUAUAGCACUAAAGUACCUACUGCUGGCAUGAAAAAAUCUGACCGCCAGAAAUUUGCCCCAUAUUGACUUAAUAGGAUAAGAAUUGAAUCCCCCAUCCAAAAAUGUGUUUGGGGUCAGUACUGCAUUACACUUGUUCCCUGUUGCAAAGCUUGAUUAAGUUAUAUUGACUGUAUGAUUAAGGAUAUCUCUACUGAUAAUGAAACUUGACAUUCAGCUACUUUAGUGUAUCAGUAUAAUUGUUUGCAACUGUAAGUGAAGUUAAAUACCUCCUAGUGUAUCUGAACAUACAUAAGAAUACACAGCCAUUUAUCCGGCUUACAGUAUGUGAUGCACAGAAACAGCUGAUACUUCCAAUAUAACAAUUUCCUCAGAUAGAAUGUACUGUACUUUGUUUGGUAUCAAUGUAAGUAGUUGACCAAUGAUGUUCUUAGGAAAAGUCCAGUUUCAAACAGGAAUUCACUCUGUAGCAGCUGCAUACCAUUGGUAGGGUUACUUGUUUUAUAAAGUUGUUAUUACUGUGAUGUUUACUGUAACAAGGGUUGUUCCACUCUAUUCCGCUGUCAUAUUUCCUCAUCUCCUCCAAUAGGCUCUCGUCAGUGGUAACAGGCUUGGGUGUUCUGUAGUGUUGUUGUUGCAUAUGCAGUGCUGAAAGGAUUACCAUGAAGCCAUAUUGGAUUAUUGUGGCUUUGACAAUACACAAGAAUCCUGUAGAGUGGGACUGUCCUAACUAACUCCUAUAGUGCUGUUUUUGUGACUUGGUUUUCUCAGAACUGAAGUGCAAGAGAACAGAACUCUACAGUCCAAUUCAUAUUCUACUCUGUUCUCAGUGUAUGUGAUUGAUGCAGCACAAUAUUGUAACAACGUUAUGUUUAUGCUUGUGUUUUUAAUUAGGGUCUACCCUUAGUUUUGUUGAUGAGCGAUUCCAAUUUAUUAUAUUUAUGACAACGUACAUCAUGUAUUUUAAAUAAAUUUAGCCUUUUGUGAAUACAAAUGGGUAUUUUCUA